AUGGAUUCAAAACUUCUUUCCUCUGAGGAUUUAUCCUGUCCUGUGUGCCACAACAUUUUCAAGAAUCCAGUUCUUCUUUCAUGCACUCAUAAUGUCUGCAAAGUUUGUCUUUAUCAGUUAUGGAUGUGUAUGGGUUCUCAGGAAUGCCCUGUAUGUAAAGAACAAACCAGUGUAGCUUCUCCAUGUAAUGAUGAACUGAGGAAGCUGUGUGAGAUUGUUCUUCUGAGCAAAAGGAAUAAAGGAUCUUCAACAGGUUCUCCAUCUGUCUGCAGUUUACACAGUGAGGAGAUCAGCCUUUUCUGCCUGGAGGAUGAACAGCUUCUGUGUAUGGCAUGUUAUACAUCAAAAACACAUAAAGAUUACCAGUGUUGCUCUAUCGACUUUGCAGCACGUCAGUAUAAGAAAGAAUUAAAAACAGCACUGACGCUCCUACAGGACAGACUUCAGGUCACUGAGAAGGUGAAAUUAAAUUAUGAUGAAAGUACACAGCACAUUAAGUGUCAGACCCAUCUGACAGAGAAGCAGAUAAAAGAGGAGUUUGCAAAGCUUUAUCAGUUUCUACAGAAUGAAGAAGCAGUCAGGAUUGCUGAACUGAGACAAGAAGAGAAGCAGAAGAGUCUGAUAAUAAAGGAGAAGAUUGAAGAGACAAGCAGAACCAUAUCAACUCUUACAGAUAUUUACAGUACUCUUCAAAAUGAGAUAAAGGUGGAAGAUUUCACUUUUAUAAAGAAUUUCAGAGAAAUACUGGAAUGGUACACCAGAGCUCAGUGCUCCUUGCAGGAUCCACGGCUGAUUUCAGGAUCCCUGAUUGAUGUAGCAAAGCAUCUGGGCAAUCUGAGGUUCAGAGUGUGGAAGAAGAUGGAAGAAACUGAUUUUUAUAGUGAAAUUCUAGGACAAAGCUGCACUAAAUGUCAAACUUGUGUAGACAUCUCCUCUAAUUAG